AUGGAACAAAGGCGCAGACACGGAAAGUCUCACCCCGCCGACGGCGGGGGCAGCGGUAGUAGUAGCAGUGGCAGCGGCGGGGACUCGGACGGCGGCGGCCCCGAGUCCCCGUCGGGAAGCCAACAAGGCCCGUCGUCGUCGGGCAACGCAUUCGCCAACGACGGCAGCUUCAUGGAGAUGUUCAAGAAGAAGAUGGAAGCGGAGAUGAGGAAAAAGGCGGAGGGGACAGAUGCUGAGGAAGGACAUAAGAAGCCCCCUCCAGUCACCAGCUUUGUGGGGAAGCGCAGAGGCGGUGUGUUCCUUAAGACCGGCAUGGUUGCCAAGAAACAAAAACAGGACACAGAGGCUACGCCUGGCAAGAGCGAUGCUUGGUCAAAGUACAUGGCUGAGGUGAAAAAGUAUAAAGCCCACCAGUGUGGAGACGACGAUAAAACGAGACCGCUGGUCAAGUAG